AUGGGACUGUGGUAUUCGCUAGGUAUCGCGCUCUUUGCCGCGAUUGGCACUUUUCUAUUUGGGUUCGAUACGGGCAUUGCGACGACGACGAUUGCGCAUCAAAGCUGGAUUGAUUACAUGAAAAAGCCCUCCAAUGGGUUGACAGGAGCGGUUGUCGCCGUGUAUAUUGCCGGUGAGGCAUGCGGUGCAUUAACCCAAACAUUUAUUGGCGAUAAACUGGGGCGAAUCCGGUUCAUGCAAUUGAUGUGUAUCAUCGUCACCGUCGGCACAGUGAUCCAGACUGCCUCCGUGAAUAUCGGCAUGUUUCUGGCCGGGCGAGUCCUUGCCGGAUACGCAGUUGGUGGCAUGGUUGCCACCGUCCCUAUAUAUCUGUCUGAAAUCUCAGACCCCAAAUCCCGUGGCUUGAUCGGCGGUAUCUCGGGAUGUGGUAUCUCCUUUGGAACCAUGGCGUCCAACUGGGUCGGAUAUGCUUGCAGCUAUGCCCCAUAUGGGGCUGUGCAAUGGCGCCUUCCCCUAGCAAUUCAGAUUCCGUGGGGUUUGAUCAUGUUUGUUGGCCUGUCAACCUUCAUGCCGAACUCGCCACGUCAGUUGAUCCGGAUUGGCAAGGUUGAUGAUGCGCGCCACGAGUUUUCUCGGAUUCGACGGGGCGGGAACACUCACGAGGUUGAAGAGGAGUUCACGCUCAUGCAGGCACAGAUUGAAUAUGAAAUGGAGCGUGAGAUCACCUCUUACAAGGAAAUUUUCCGGCUCUUCCGGUCCAGAGUCCUAGUGUCUAUCGCGGUUCAAACCAUGACGAGUCUGACUGGUGUCAAUGUGAUUCAAUACUAUCAAACGAGCCUGUACAAAUCGCUCGGCAUUGGCUCGCACACCAUCCUUGCUCUUGCUGCAGUCUACGGAACGGUAGCGUUCCUAUCAAAUGCUGUAACCACGAAGUACAUGACAGACCAAUGGGGUCGUCGAAAGAUGAUUAUCAGUGGAUUGGCUGGAAUCGUGCUCAUCCUCAUCUACGCGGCGGUGAUGCAGAGAGAAUUCCAGAAUACCAGCAACCGGGUCGGCAAGGGGUUUGCAAUCCUCGGAAUCUAUCUUUUUGUGGUUUGUUAUUAUGGUAUGCUUAACAGCACAACGUGGCUAUAUGGGGCCGAAGUUCUCCCGAUCGCUCUCCGCAGUAAGGUCAUGGGUCUUGCUGCUGCAUCUCACUUUAUUGUCAAUGUCGCAGUUACCGAGGCCGGCCCUAGCGCCUUUGCCAACAUCAAAGAGAACUAUUACUAUGUGUUUGUGGUCUGCUCCACGUUCUUCUUGGCGGUAGCUUAUUUCUACUUCCCAGAGACAAAACAAAAAACUCUCGAGGAGGUCGCCGCAGCCUUUGGAGAUAAAGUUGUUCUUGCUGAUGAAGGCGGCAAGAGAGCUUCGCUUGUUGGAAAUGUGGACCACAUCGAGGAAUUGGGCGAGAGAAGCCAGGUUUAA